CCACGACCCUCUGUUAUGGCCCUGCUGGCCCAAGACAGCGCUGUCCCAUCUGCCCUGGUCGCCCUCAUGGUCUUGAGGGCCCCCGCCUGGGCCUGUCUCCUCUGCUUCACGUCCUAUAAGGAGCGCAUGCGCAUCUGCCAGAUCUUUAUUGGUGUACAGGGCCCCGAGCUGGAGAAGUGUGAGGAGGCAUUCGCCGCUGCCUUUGAGGGCCUCCUAGACACUGAAAUCAACUACGAUGAGAGAAGCCACCUGCAUGACGCCUUCACCCAGAUGACCCACUCUCUCCAGGAGAUGGCCACGGCCCGGGGGUCCUUUAAGGUGGCUUUUCCUAAUGCUGCGGAGAAAAUGCGGAAGGUCAUUGCGCAGCUUAAAGAAGUCCAGGCCUGCAUCCCUCCCUGCGGACUCCAGGAGGUCGCCCGGCGUUUCCGCUGCCGCGGGUGCUACUCCACGGUCUGCGACCUCCCGCUGGACUGCCCAGUUCAGGACUUGACGGUGGCUCGCGGUCAUGAAGCUAAGUUCUCUUGCACUGUGAACUUCGAACUGCCUAAGGAGGAAAUCACGUAUUCCUGGAAGUUCGCAGGAGGAGGUGUCCGGACGCAGGACGUGUCCUACUUCCAAGACCUCCCGUGGGCCCGGGGAUACCUGGCGCGGAUCCGGCCGGUGCAACCCGCACACCGUGGGACAUUCUCUUGCGUGAUCGUGCACGACCAGAUCCCCCUGGCGCGGCUCUACUUCUUUCUUAACGUGACUGGUGCGCCCCCACGUGGGGAGACCGAGCUCCAGGUCUCCUUUCGGGAAGUGUUGCGUUGGACGCCCGGGGAGGCAGACAUGAUCAAACCUUGGAGGCCAAGCCUGGGCGAGCUGCUGGCCAAGCCCGAGGCUCUGACGCUGAGCAACCAGUGCCUGCUUGCGGCCGUCGUGGCCUUAGCGUCAGCCGGUACGACCCUUAUGGUGUGGAUGUUCUUUCGGUGGUAUUUCCAGGGCAGCUAACAAAGGUAUCUUUUUCUUCCUUAUCCUGUUUUCAUUCCUAAAAUAAAGAAUAUAUUUCAGCUCU